GAGCGUUUCAUGAGUGGCGCGCGCGUCCUUAUUGAUGGUUUUCAUGCGCCAAUUGAUUUUUUACGUAAUUUGGAUAUAUAAUAGCCAACUUAUUGACUUUUUUGGAGCACUUAUAGCAGCGGAGCGGUGAUGAUGUCGGCUCCGCCGGCUGCACCGCCGGCUCCCACGCCACAGGCGCUGCACCGCACGCAGUUUAUCCGCGGCGUGCGCGACUCGAUGGCCAAGGCGCUGGCGCAGGGCCUGGGCGACUCGCCGGCCGAGGCGGCCGCGCCGCCCGCGCCGCAGCCACCGCCCUCGCCGCGCCAGCAGCAGGUCCGGCCCAAACCGGCGCUGGUGAAGAACUCCCCCACCCGGAUAUCGCUCACAGGCCGGCUCAAGCAGCUGAUCGGUGUCGGGCCUGCCAGUGACGGAGUCAGUGGCGACCCUCCUGCCUCCGAGCCGCUGGUGCGGACCCCGCCGCGCACGGUCCCGUCCCCGGCCGCGGAGGUGCUGGUUCGGACUCCGCCGCGCGCCGCCCCGUCGCCAGCCGCCAGCGUGGGCUCGGAGUCGCCGCUACGCUCCCCAGUCCGGGUGUUGAACCUAUCGGACCAUCGGCCGCGCUCGCCGGUCCGCGUGCUGUCCGCGGCGGACCAGCAGCGGCUGCGGCCGGCGCCGCCUCCCGCCACCAGCCUGAAGCCGAUCGUCCGUCUGCCAGAGGGCUCGGCGGCGGAGCAGGCCGGUGUCGAGCCCGCCGCUAACGGAGAGGCGAGUGAGGAGCGGAAGCGCAUGAUCGCGCUGGCGCAGCUGAAGAUACUGCAGCGGAAGACGCCCGGCGCGCAGAAACUGGCCGCUCAGGAGUCGCUCUCGGCGGUGAGCGUGGCUGGCGGCUCCCCGAUCAAGACGUAUGGCCGCCGCGCAGAGCUGGUGGCUGCGGCCGCCGCUGCAGCCGCCAACGGCGCGGCUGAGUCGCCGCCGCCGGCCCCGCCGCCACAGCCGCGGAAGAACGUGAAGCUGAUGCCGCCGCUGACGCUGCUGGUGCCGCCGGUGAAGUCGCCGGUGGUGUCGCCGGCCGAGCUGCUCAAACCGGACGUGGAGGACGCUAGCCGCUGUGCCAGCGGCUUACUCAUCAGGAAAACCUACUACAAGGCUACUCCGGUGCAGCAGCAGCCGCCGCCGACAGCUGUCGGACGGAACGGCUCGCUGCAGUCACCGCCGCCGCCGCAGCCGCCGCAGCAGGCGGCGGCGCCGGUGGAGCGGCGCGGGCGCGGCCGUCCUCGGCGCGCUGCCGUGGCCGCGGCGGCGGUUGUGUCUGAGGCUGCCGCUGCCGCCCUGCAGCAGGCGCCGGCCGCCGCCCCGGCGCCACCGGCAGCCACCAUGCUCCCGCCGCCGUCACCGGUACCGUCGACUGUACCGGCGGGCGGCGUGAAGUUGGUGGCGGUCGGGUCGUCGCCUGCGAUGGGACGAAGCCGGAGACAGACAGGUAGUGCGGGCAGUCCCAUAACGAUCACCGUCCUGUCCUCCGCCUCCGCCCCGGCUGCCUCCACCGCCGCUGCCGCCGUGACCGCUCCCACCGCCCCAUCCAACGCUCAGUCCGCCCCGGCUGCUGCCGCUGUCCCGGCCUCUCCCUCUGUUCCCGCUCCUCCUACACUCUCACCGGCCUCCUCAAUCGCUGCUGACUCGCAGCCGGCGGGCAGGAAGCGGCGCCACGGCUCGAGCGGCCGCGGUAGCGAUACAUCUUCUGUACGUUCCUCCAGUGCUGACACCAGCCCUCGGCCCAAGAAGAGCCGACCGCCUUCACGCGAUCUCAAGGCCCUGUUUGUCGACGAGGGCGCCAUCAACAUACUCUCGGAGAUGAAAACUCUGAACGGCGAAAAGCGGCGCACGCGCGUCCCGUCGUCCGACAAGCUCGUCUACACGGCCAAGGCGGCGAAGGAGGCGCGCGAUGCCACUACUUCGCCGUCAGCCACGAAGAGGUCUGUCGUGCCCGUGUGCGGCUCACUGAGGGCUCUGCCGGCGGCCCGCGCGCGCAGCCCGCUGAAAAAGGACGGUCGUACUGUCAACAAGAUCAGGGCCAAGGCCAUCAAAAUGAAGAAACAGGCGGACGCUAAGAAGGCGGCUAAAAUGACAACCAGCGCUAAACUGAAGGCACUGAAGGCAAAGAUCAAGGAGGAAUGCGAAAGCCCGAGCCCGAGCCCCAAGCCAACGCCCAAACCGGCGGCCAAAGCUGCUGAGAAGCCGGCAGGUCCGUCGGGCUCUCCCAAAGCGCCUAGUCAGAAGGCCGCUACCAAAACGCUGAUUGCGUCAAAGGCGACAAAGCUGAACAAGGGGUCAUCAGCUGUGACGGCUUUGGUCACAAAGAAGCCCAAAGCGACCGCAGCCGCGGCCGCGGGCCAGCUCAAGCCAAAGCCCAAGAAGCAACAACCGUCGCCUGUAGAGAAACCCGACGACGCGUCCACGAGCGGUAAGAAGUCUCCUGCGAGCGCGAGCGUGCCCUCUGCUGCCGGUCCGGCUCCGAAGGCGGCGCCAGUGCCCCAGGAGAAGGCGCCCAAACCGCCGCAGCCGAGGCUCACCCAGGACAAGAACCUCAACAUCAUCGAGAAGCGGACGGCCAAGGAGCCGAGGUCGGUGGAGCGCAAGAAGAGCGGCAGUGCUGAGGAGAGACAGCCGGUCUCGCGCUCGGUCAGCCGCGAUAAGUCGUCGUCACCGUCGUCUAAGAGCUCGUCCAAGAGCUCGUCGCCGCUGCCGGUGCGAGCGACGCUGAACACGGUGCCGACCAGCCCCAGCUCACUCAGUUACAGCUCCCUACAGCGUCGUCUGGAGGUGGCCACACUGAAACAGGUGCGCCGGAAGGAGGCGCCCGGAGAUCGGGAGCGCUCCAGCUCUCGCUCCAACCUGGGCACCAUCCGACACCGGGAGAUCUGCGUCAAAAAGUUCGACCGGUUCCACCAAGUAAUCUUGUGUCCGGUCACCACGCGGCUCAAGGCUGGGCUGAACGUACAGGUGAUGCGGGAGAUCCGCGAGUACCUGUCGGCGUGUGAGCGCGACCCGACGUGCCGGGCCGUGCUGCUCACAUCCUCAGCCGGCCCCUUCUGCCAGGGACUGGACUAUACCUGCCUGCUGGGCCUCAGUCCGGAGAAGCGCCGGAAGGCCGCCGAGGACCUGGCCAAGGAGCUCAAGGACUUUGUGCGCGCGGUGGCCGGCUUCAGUAAGCCGCUGAUGGCCGGCGUCACCGGCUCCUGCGUGGGUCUCGGUGUCAGCCUGCUGCCGCUCUGCGACCUGGUCUAUGUCACUGAGAAGGCCACGCUGCAGAUGCCCUACGCGCGGCUGGGUACCGUGCCAGAGGGCGGCGCCACGCACUCCCUGACGGCGCUGCUCGGACAUGCGAAGUCGGGUGCGAUGGUGAUGACGGGCCGCGCCAUGACGGGCACAGAGGCGGUGUCGGCCAACCUGGCCACCGGACUCGUCUGGGCAGGAUCCGCCUACGAGGAGCUGGUGGCGCUCGCCAGGCAGAUGCUCGACAACGCCGCACAGCUACAGGCGCUGGAGAGUACCAAGGCCCUGCUGCGUCACUCACUGCGCGCCAAACUGGAGCAGGCACUCCACUCGGAGUGCCGCCUGCUGGUCCACCAGUGGAGUGCCCCCGAGUUCCAGCAGCGCGUCCGUCAGCUGUACGACGAGGGAGGUCUGCUGCUGCAGAAGGCCGGCUUCGACACCCAGUGACGCGGGGUGGCGGAUGGCGCGGCGGUGUGUGAUGUGCGAAGACGGCGCUCGACGUAGCAGCGUGUGCUGUGUGGAGACAAGCCAUGAUGUGCUGUGCAGAGACGAGCAGUGAUGUGCUGUGCUCGGACGCGGUGUGCGUUGGCACUGAUGUGUUGUGCGGCACAGUGCAAGACUAUCACCGGAGGACUCUGAAAGGAGCGCCGGUAAAAUGGCGGUGAUCAGGGCAGGGACCGGCGGACGUCACGGGAGUGCUCUGCGCGAGAGACAGAUACACCGCUCCCAGCACGGACCGCGCGGUGGUGCGAACGACGACAGAGUGUUUUCGAUCAGUUUUGAUGAUUUGUGCGCCUGUGCGCCUCGUGCUGGUGGCCCGUUUUGGGCCUGUAUAGCGUGGUUGCGAAUGUGAGUGUGUGUUGUCGCUCCUUGUUCAAGGUUCGGCCGUUUUAGCAGUAAUUAUCGGGGGCGGAGAGGCGCAGCAGACUUGGGCCGGCCGGACCAACAGGCUUGUGACGCAAUCUGUGUGCAACAGCUGCCAACGAUCAGGACAUUGGUCUCGGUCCGGCUGGCCUUCGUCCUUGCAUGGUGUUACACAGUUAGUGGUUUUGACGGUUCAAGUUGUGGCACCUCACAUACAGGCAUUUAGCUGGCCAGCACGUGGCGCUGCCUACGUGCUGGUUGGUGAACUAGUAGUUCGCCUUACGGCCUCGUGGCGCUUGCUGCGCCGAGUUACAACAAACAGUACAUCCAUUGGGCCUUGGUGGGUGCGUCGGCGCCCGUGCUGACGCUGCCCCCCCCCCCGCGCAUUUCGCUGCCCGUUGUGUAUAGCUCGUGCACUGUAUAUUUACAUGCUCCCCACUCGGCCCUGUACAUACGGAGGGAACCGGCUGUACGCGCGAGCGAUCCCGAGGCGUUACCAUGCUCCUCUGGUCCCCUUUUGGCUGUAAGCGACUCCAGGCUGUAGCGUUGUUAAGUUUGCCACCUGUUAUCAAGUACAUCUCACCAAACUGACAACUGAGUACCUGGUUGUGUGCGCACCGCGGCACCCGCGUUUGGUACGGCCCGUGUCGGCUUGCUCACGUGCGGUGUACCCGCGGGUACCGCACGUGACACGUGCGACACGUGUGCUGGCCUCGCCGUGACUUGUUAGUGGCCACGGAGUUCUAUUUUUUAACUGGCGCGCGGGGCUUGCCCUCGGUAGUUACUGGGCCGCCUGUGAUAGUGUCGUGUGCUCUAGAUAGGUAGGCGGGGCGGGUCGCUUUCCCCUCCGCCCCGCCUCUGCCCCCCCCCCCCCCUCCUGUGUGCUACCUUUGUACAUAGCGUCCCUGCUAGCUGUGCGGUUCGACGCACCCUUAGAGACAUGUAAGGUCUCCCAAUAAAUUAUUUCACAACUG